AUGGUUGGAACCGGACCUUUGUUGGUCUCACCGCUCAUUGAGCUAGGCGUGCUCGCACUCCAUCUCCUUCUGCCCGCCCAGGAGAUCGACGGAUAUGUCCGCGAUGACAAGGGGAAGCCUCUCCGCUACCGACUAAAUGGGAUACCGGCCAUGGCAACUGCUGUCCUAGCCUGGUCCGGUCUCUGCUGGACCGGCCUGCUGCCCUGGGGGUACCUGUACGAGCACAGCGGUACCACAUGCGCAUGUGCCUUGAUAAUCGGCCUAGCCUUCAGUGCCUGGAUCGUCGCCCAGGGCCCAAGACGGUCUCCCAGCAUCAUGAGCGACUUCUUUCUUGGCACAAUCGACAACCCGCGCACCAUCGUCGCAGGGCGCAUCCUCGACGCCAAGAUGUACCUCUACCUUGUCGGCGCAGUACACCUGGAGCUGAACCUGCUCAGCUAUGCAGCCGCGCACUACGCAUCACCGGACCCGAACCCGGGCGUCAUCCUGGCGGCGGCGCUGCUCACCUGGUUCGUCGCCGAGUACCUGUGGUGGGAGAACGUGCACCUCUACACGUACGACUUCUUCGCCGAGCGCGUAGGCGUCAAGCUCGGCUUCGGGUGCCUCUGCUUCUACCCUUUCUUCUAUCCCAUAGGGCUUCUGGCCGCAGCGAACCUGCCAAACCCGCAUCGGGGACCUGCCUACUACCUCUUUUCUGCGGCCGUCUACUUCACCGGCUGGGGCCUCAGCCGUGGGCCCAAUCUGCAGAAAUUCUGGUUCAAGCGCCGCAUUGCACCGCCCGCGGCUCUGGCACCGCUUGGGCUGUCACCGGUGAAGACGGUGCGGUCUGCCGACGGGAAGCACGAGCUGCUCUGCGGCGGGUUCUGGGGCGUGUCGCGCCACAUCAACUACCUGGGCGAGACGCUUGAGGCAGUCGGCAUUGUGCUGGCCAUCGGCCACCCUGGUGAUGCUAUGCUUCCAUGGCUUUACCCGCUGUACUAUGUACUUUUGUUUAUCACUCGCGAGAGGGACGACGAUAAGCGAUGUCGAGAGAAGUAUGGUGCCCUGUGGGAUGAGUACUGCCGACAGGUACCCUACAGAAUCAUUCCCUACGUCUACUGA